AUGGAACGCGAAGGACUUCUCGGUGACGUUAAGGAUCACCAAUCUUCAUCUCAAAUUCCUCGGCGCCUAGCAGUGAUAACUGUUCUGGCAUUCUUGAUAUUUCUUGGCAUACGGAAUACAAUUACCGACCUAACACCAUCAACAAUUGCAAUGAAUAAAACACUACCGGCAGAAUCAAUUUUCAACAUAACCAGCAGUGAAGUUGAGGAUCCACUUUUUGCAUAUAAUUCGUCCGACUGUCCCUACGAGGAAUGGAAUCAGGUCACAACCACCAUAAUUCCUAACACAGAGGUCCAUGACAAAUGGAUGAGAACCUGGAAGCCUAUAGAUGAGCCUUUUCUCUAUCACACAAAGCCUUCUGCAAUGUCUGCAUUUGCACAAAAAGAUCAGAUUAGCGUGGCACUGACGUCCACUAAUUUAAUAAAUUCAACAAUGUAUUGCCGUUACUACGAUUGCCGUCGGAAAGAGAUCAGUGAUCCAUUUCAAAGUAUUAUUUUUCACAAGUCAACGGUUUUUUGUGCUCGACGGCCCAAUGCAAAGUAUAUUGCGGUUUCUCUGACUUUAGACGAAAUUCCUGACUAUUCAGUUCCAAUCGUUCCAAGAAUUGGAAAUCCACCUCACUACUUCACUAUUUGCAUGGCACCUCUUUAUGGUGAUGAGCCUAAAUUUCUGCAAAUCGUGGAUUUUAUCGAAUACCAUAAGCUCCAGGGCGCCACGUUUUUCCACAUUUACUUGAGAAAUGUCACAGAUUACGAUAGAAUGAUGCUAGAUGAAUAUGUUAAAACGGGUGACAUUGAGAUCAUAAAAAUGCAUGAUCACUUUUGGAGAGCAGAUUAUAUGUGGCAUGAAGUUCAAAUUAAUGACUGCCACCAUCGCAGCAAGUAUUUCUCAAAAUGGACAGCUCUGAUAGAUAUUGACGAGAGGUUGGAGAUUAGAAAUGAGCAAUUUAAGACAGUGGUGGACUAUUUAGACUCAAUCCACAAUGCGUCAGUUGCGAACCUACAUUUUCGAGUAAAAUGGGUUAUGAAGCAUAACAAUACACCUGCGAGAUAUGAGAAUGAUGCACAGCUGACGGAUGAAAUGCUCUUCUGCAAAUUCCGAAACACUUCCCGGCUCGGAGAGCUUUGGGAUCAACCCAAGUGUAUUAUUCGUCCGGAAAAUGUUGCAAUUAUGACUAUUCAUGGGCCAUUGGCAAUGUACAAAGGGGAGACAAUCACGCUUGUUAAUAUAAAUAUUGGCUUUAUAAGACAUUAUCGAAGCGUGGAGCAAAGAGUUUUCCCGGGAGCUCUUGAUAGAAUGAUGUCACAUGCUCCAUUUAACAUUCUACCAAUAGAGCAGUGGGUUGAGCAAAACCUGACAAAAAAUAUAUUGAGCCGAGUAAAAUUGGUCUACGAUAUUGUUGAUGUGUCGUGUGAAGAGAAGAUAAAGAUGUAUAGCAUUGAAAAUGUUACGGCGCCUUGCUCAAUUGGGAAACAAGACCUGUUCACUAAACUAUAA